GGGCCUCGCCUUGUUGAGACAGCGCGUAUGUCCACGGCUCUACGAGAGCGUUAAGAGACAGCAAUUGCGGUAAUGGUCUGACUGACACAGUCCCAUGGCCAUUAGCUGAUUUCGUGUGAACUCUUUUAGCUCUAUUUGUAUAGUCGUGACGGGUAGUUGCGACGUUGUCUCUCGUGAGUUUGUCAAACUACUCAAAGGCAAAUCCUUUAUCCUUGUUCAGUUUUCUGGUCGGUCUUCCACUAAUCAAACUUAAAAACCCAGAAUUUCUAGUGCAUUCAAAAUAUCCCAGGAAGCAGAUCCUUGUUGGAUUCUUGGGUUAUCCUGAAUCCUGAUGCUACUCCAUUAGAACUCUGAAGGGAGCAACUUUAUUUCACUUUUACCAGCAAUGGCCUCGCUUUCGCAGUCAACUACCUUUCUCCUCAUCAUCUUCUUCUUUAUAUUCAUUCUCAUUCCGAUCACACACGCUAUUCCUUUCAUCGUAUUGCACGGUAUUAGUGAUAAAUGCAGUAACCGAGGAAUUACUGAAUUCACUGAGCUUUUAAGCGACUGGUCUGAUUCUCAAGGCUACUGUGUGGAAAUUGGGGAUGGAUCAUGGGAUUCAUGGACUAUGCCCCUUUUGGAACAGACGUCAAUUGCUUGUGAAAAGGUGAAGAAUAUGACUGAACUUAGCGAGGGUUACAACAUAGUUGGACUCUCUCAGGGUAACAUGAUUGGUCGCGGGAUUAUUGAAUUUUGUGACGGAGGACCCCCUGUCAAGAAUUUCAUAUCGUUGGCAGGGCCCCAUGCCGGUACUGCUUCAAUUCCUUUCUGCGGAUCCGCUUUGAUAUGCAUACUUCUUGAUAGCUUAAUCAAGUUGGAAAUCUAUAGCAACUAUGUCCAGGAACACUUGGCUCCCAGUGGUUAUCUUAAAAUUCCAACGGACUUGACUGACUAUCUCAAGGGAUGUAGAUUCCUCCCAAAACUCAACAAUGAAAUCAAGGGUACGAGAAAUUCCACUUACAAGGAACGGUUUGCCAGUUUACAGAAUCUGGUCCUUAUCAUGUUCGAGGAUGAUACAGUUUUGAUACCUAAGGAAACAUCCUGGUUUGGUUAUUAUCCGGAUGGGUGCUUUGAUCCUGUAUUACCUGCUCAAGAGACCAAGCUCUACAAGGAAGAUUGGAUCGGUUUGAAAACCCUAGAUGAAGCUGGAAAAGUUAAAUUCAUAAACGUGUCGGGUAACCAUCUGCAAAUCUCAAAAAGUGACAUGAAGAAGUACAUACUACCAUACUUGGAGGACCAAGCAUCGACAGAGCAGACAGUGACACAAUCUUCAUCUUACCAAUGGCUUUCAGGACUCUGGUACUCAUUUAAGGAGAACACGAAAUCUACUCUCCUCCAAAUCCACGCUUUCAUGCUCCGUCACUCCAUCGAAACCAACCUUAACCUCUUCACCAAGUUCAUCACAGCCUGCGCUUCUCUCUCCUCUCUUUCAGCUGUUUGCCACGCGCGCCGCUUGUUCGAUGUUAGGCCCCAUGAAAACGACACGUAUCUUUGCAAUGCCAUGAUCAAAGCCCAUCUGGGUGUCAACCAAUUCGCCCAAUCUUUCACUCUUUACAAGGAUCUUGGGAGAGAUGAGGAGGGUUUUGUUCCCAAUAAGAUUACGUUUUUAACACUUGCGAAGUCUUGUGCUUUAAAUAUGGCAAUCUGGGAGGGUUUACAGAUACAUAAUCACGUGAUAAAAUUUGGGUUUUGCUUGGAUUUGUAUGUUUCAACGGCUUUGCUUGAUAUGUAUGCAAAGCUUGGCAUCAUGUUCUCAGCAAGAAAGGUUUUUGAAGAGAUGCCUGAGAGAAGUUUAGUUUCAUGGACAGCUCUAAUUUGUGGAUAUGCAAAAGCUGGGGAUAUGGAGAGAGCAAAAGAGCUAUUGGAUGAGAUGCCUGAGAAGGAAGAUUCUGUUCUAUACAAUGCUAUGAUUGAUGGAUAUGUUAAGUUGGGAGAUUUAGAUUCGGCUCGAAAUUUGUUUAAUCAAAUGCAGGAUAGGAAUGUGAUUUCUUGGACUAGUAUGAUUAAUGGAUAUUGCAAUAGUGGUGAUGUUGAGUCUGCUAGGCUCUUGUUUGAUUCCAUGCCUGAAAAAAAUUUAGUGUCUUGGAAUGCAAUGAUUGGUGGGUACUGUCAAAAUAAGCAACCUCAUGAAGCAUUGAAAUUGUUUCAUGAAAUGCAAUCGAGCACAUUUUUUGAGCCGGAUAAAGUAACCAUUGUGAGCAUUCUUCCAGCUAUUGCUGAUUUGGGUGCACUAGAUCUGGGUGAGUGGGUUCACCAUUUUGUUCAAAGGAAGAAACUUGAUAAAGCAAUCAAUGUGUGUACUGCUCUUGUUGAUAUGUAUGCCAAAUGUGGGGAGAUAAACAAAGCGAAAAUAAUUUUUUAUGAGAUGUCUGAGAAGGAAAUAGCUUCAUGGAAUGCUUUAAUAAACGGAUAUGCAGUGAAUGGAUGUGCCAAAGAAGCAUUGCAGGUAUUUUUGGAGAUGCGGAAUGAAAGAGUCAUGCCAAAUGAUGUGACCAUGAUAGGUGUUUUAUCAGCUUGUAAUCAUGCUGGUCUGGUGGAGGAAGGUAAGAGAUGGUUUAAAGCAAUGGCAGAGUUUGGGAUCACCCCGAAAAUUGAGCAUUAUGGUUGUAUGGCUGAUCUGUUGGGGAGGGCUGGAUGUGUGGAGGAAGCUGAGAAGUUGAUAGAAGGUAUGCCCUAUGAAGUCAAUGGAAUAAUUCUCACUUCUCUUCUAUUCGCAUAUGGGUCCUCAAAUAAUGUGAAAAGAGCUGAGAGAGUGCUAAAUAAGUUGGUCCAUAUGGAACCAACUAAUCGUGGGUGUUAUGUGGUGUUAAGGAAUUUGUAUGCCACAGAGAAAAGAUGGGAAGAUGUGGAGGAAAUCAGGGAAUUGAUGAGAAGGAAUGGGGCAAGAAAGGAAGCUGGCUGUAGUGUUAUUGAGGUUGAUCGUAGGGUUUUGGAGUUUGUAUCUGGAGAUAGAGUGCACCCCAAGUGGCAACUGAUGCAGUCAGUGUUACAGCAGUUGUGGAUGCACAUGAGGGGACAACCAGACAAGUCAGCUGCUUAAGUUGAAGAAUGUUUUGAUUUGUUAGUGAUGCUUGGGAAAAGCUCAAAGCUAAAGCAAGAACUGGGAACAAUUUCAUUAGCCUAGUGAUCUCGUACUGUUGUUUUAUGCAUCAGACCAAAGACAACAUACUAAGGACAUGCUGGCUACCUUUAAGGAUGUAGAUUCCUUCUAAAACUCACAAUGAAAUCAAUGAUGCGAGGAAUUCCACUUACAGCUAACUGCUUGCCAGCUUACAGGAUUUGGUGCUUAGAUGGUAAGGUGAAGAGUCCCAUUUUGGCCGAUGCCUCUUGUCAACCAACUUUGGAAUCAAUAUGCCUUUACUUUCUGCAAUUUGCUAAUCAGCUUUGGAUGACUAAUCUGCAAUUUGCUCAUCAAUUUGGUGGUUCUACUUUCUUUCUCUUUGUGCGUGGUUGGUUUGAGCGGGACACAGUUUUGUUACUUAAGGAAACCUCCUGGUUUGGUCAUCAUCCACACAAGAGCCUUUGAUCUUUAUUGCCUGCCCUUUUUAUAGGCAGGACCAUUUCUCGGUGGCGGGGUUGUCAAAUGCAAUUUUUCUGUUGGGAGUAUUCCAUAACAUAUAAGUACAUGUUCAAGGCACAGUGACAAGGCUUGGAAACAAUAUCGAGAUGAAAAUAACAUCAAUAUCCAUAGAUAUGUAUACUGCUUCAUGUUGUCAUUACCCAUUUGUCACUAUACUUUAGGAUUAUAGAUGCCAUCUUUUUCAUUUGGAUUUUGUGGUGUAUGGUAAAUGCAACGAAUCUAAUGUGUGUCUAUCAUUGCAGACCCAGCUCCGUAAGGAAGACUGGAUUGGUUCGAUAACCUUAGACAAAGAUGGAAAAGUCAAUUCUUAAAUAUGCCUCUCACAAGUGACAUGAAGAAGUACAUAGUACCUUAUUCAAGGACCAAGCAUCUACAGAGCAGACGGUAAAAGAAUUACAUCUUGGCUUUUCAAGGGAGCGGUAGGCAUUUAUGGAUCGGAAUGGCCAUAAUGAGGAUCAUCCUGCUUCGCUGCAUGCCAUGUAGUAAAGCAAGUGCUUUUGUCAUGUGUGAAUAAGAUGGAAGUUAAAAGGGAAAGUGGUUUGUUCUUUCCAUGUCCUUGUUUUUAAGCCCUGUACACCACUCAAGUGGAACUUGCCUCCUCUGAUGAUUUUGGAAAGACUUACUAUGUUUAUAUAUGCCAAUCCAUUGACUUUUCUUAAACUUCAAAUUUAUUCUUCUUG